AUGCGCCCGGCACGGGUGGCCGAGUUGCGGCAGCAAGCCGUCGACAUGUUCUACCACGGCUUCGACAACUACAUGUCGGUGGCCUUUCCCGAGGACGAGCUCCGGCCCGUGUCAUGCACUCCGCUGACGCGCGACCCCGCCAACCCGGCCAAUAUUGGCCUCAAUGACGUCCUCGGCAACUACUCUCUAACCUUGAUUGACAGUCUGUCCACCCUUGCCAUUCUCGCCUCUGCUCCCGAGGAUGAGAGGGGGACGGGUCCCAAGGCCCUUCGGGAUUUCCAGGAUGGCGUCGCGGCUCUCGUCGAGCAGUAUGGCGAUGGCAGAAAGGGCCCAUCUGGAAAGGGAGCACGUGCCCGCGGUUUUGACGUCGACAGCAAAGUGCAAGUCUUCGAGACAGUGAUUAGGGGUGUUGGAGGACUACUGAGUGCCCACCUGUUUGCGGUUGGCCACUUGCCCAUCAAUGGCUACGAGGCGCGGUCUAGCGACGGGAACCAGGACGAGCAGCGCACAAUCCCUUGGCCCAACGGCUUCAGUUACAAUGGGCAGCUGCUGCGACUCGCGCUUGACCUUGCCCAGAGAUUGCUACCCGCUUUCUAUACCGCCACCGGCAUACCGUACCCGCGCGUCAACCUCCGGCACGGCAUCCCGUUCUACCUCAAUUCGCCGCUGCAUGGCACCGCCGGCGCCCAGAAUGAGGCGGACCCGUCCAGGGAAAUCACCGAGACUUGCAGUGCUGGCGCUGGCAGCCUCGUCCUGGAGUUUACAGUACUCAGCCGGCUCACAGACGAUCCGCGCUUCGAGCAGGCUGCCAAACGGGCCUUCUGGGCAGUCUGGGCGCGCCGCAGCAACAUAGGACUGAUAGGUGCCGGGGUCGAUGCGGAGAGCGGCCACUGGAUCGGCGCAUUAUCCGGAAUAGGGGCAGGAAUCGACAGUUUCUUCGAGUAUGCACUCAAGAGCCACAUCUUACUCUCCGGGCAUCAGCUGCCCAAUACUACGCUGCCAAGGCCCGGGCUGUCUACGGAUGCCGAACUGCCAGACUCGUGGCUCGACCCCAACAGUAUAUACCAGCCGCUGUCGGAGGAGGAUAACAGCUCCGACACCUUCCUCCAGGCGUGGCAUCAUGCACAUGCUGCUAUCAAGCGGCAUCUUUACUCCGGCCAGCAUCAUCCACACUACGUCAACGCCCAUGUGUCAACGGGGUCGCCCCAGGCCUACUGGAUAGACAGUCUGGGUGCGUACUACUCAGGGCUUCUCGCGCUGGCAGGAGAGAUGGACGAAGCCAUCGAAACGCAUCUCUUGUACACAGCUCUAUGGACACGCUAUUCUGCUCUGCCAGAGAGGUGGUCUGUCCGCGAUGGUCAAGUCGAAGGUGGACUCGGCUGGUGGCCAGGACGGCCGGAGUUCAUCGAGUCGACGUACUAUCUAUAUCGUGCGACAAAAGAUCCGUGGUACUUGUAUGCUGGCGAAAUGGUCCUCCGGGACAUCAAGCGUCGCUGCUGGACCGAUUGCGGCUGGUCGGGCCUGCAAGACGUCCGCACAGGACAACUGAGCGACCGCAUGGAAAGCUUCUUUCUCGGAGAGACGGCGAAAUACAUGUACUUGCUGUUCGACCCAGAUCAUCCACUGAACAAGCUUGACGCCGCCUAUGUGUUCACCACAGAGGGUCACCCACUCAUUAUCCCCAGCAAGGCGAAGCACUACCAGCCAAAACACAAGUCACGAAACCGAGCAGUGCAACCGUACUAUGACGACUCUUUCACCAAUGCUUGUCCAAAACCGCCGACCAUACCACCUUUGUCCGGCUCUGCUACCGCUGCGAGGAAGGACUUUUUCAAUGCGGCCACCUUGAUUCGGCUGCAUCAGAUUGCCAAGCCCGAUAGAGCGGCCGGAACAAAUAUCGGUGCAGACAGUGAGCCCGGAGAGACCCCAGGCGAACCAACCGAGGACCAUACAGUGUUCCCAUGGACCUUGCCAUCAGCGUUUCUCCCUAACGAUGGCGUUUGCACGAUAUCGAAGCGGACGGAGACACAGGUCAUCGAGUUUCCGGCAAACACUCAGUCAGGCGGAAGCGCUUUCAACCUCAUGUUAGGGUCGCAACAUGUCAUGAGAUUAGGCGGCGACGGACUGGCUAUCAACCGUCUCGCGGGGCUGAAAAUCGCCAUGGCGAUGGAAGAGCCUCCAGAGUCGUCCGAGAGAGGAUGGCGCAUCACCGGCAUUGGAAACCUGGCACUUGGGCGUGACGAAAAGGUCUUCAUCUCCCGAGAUUCGUUGUCUGACAUUGUCGACCCUUUAUUCAAUCGGAUUCGGGACUCGGUCCUCUUGCACAUCGUGGUGCAGCUCAACCCGACAGAGCAGCUGGAAGCACAGAACGGCACGGCAAGCCCUGUAGAAACACAAGGCCGUCAAGGCGAACACGUACUUGAGGGGCAUGCAGAUUUUGGGUCCGGCCUGCUGAGCUCCCUGCUGCAGCAAAUCACCUCUGUUCUCCGAGAACCAAUCGCGACGCUAGGCCCGGAGCCCUCAAAGACACCACAGCACGAAUACGAACAGCUUACGGCCAUAAUCCCCACCGGCCCGGGAGUUGCGCCUCUCCCGUCGACGCGCCAGGCUCCGGACGUUGUCAACAUCCUCAACAACCAUAACAACAUAAAGGCCAACAUCGGCGCGCUCUCGUGGCAGACCAUCUUCUUGACCGACACCGCGUGCGACGGCAAGCUGCCCGACGCGGCGCCGCGCAACCACCAAGUCAUCGUAAUGCGCCGAGGCGGGUGCUCCUUCUCCGAGAAGCUCGCCAACAUCCCGUCCUUCGCGCCCAGUUCGAAGUCGCUGCAGCUCGUCAUUGUCGUGUCCGGCGAGGCGCACGAGUCGACGGCGAUCCAAGCCACCGAGGAGGAUCCGUAUGAUUACAACUUUAUCCGGCCGUUGCUCGACGAGGUACAGAAGACUCCCUCGGGAGUGCUCCGCAGGUACCCGAUCCCCAUGGUUAUGAUCCAAGGCGGUGACGCCGUGUACGACCUCCUGAGGGACGCGCAGAGUCUGGGCUUCCGUAGGCGGUACCACGUCGAGAGCCAGGGGCUCAAGAUCAAUAAUCUCGUCGUCGUAUGA